AUGGCAGACUCAGAAUUCACAGACGACGAGUCGGAAUAUGACAGUCCAUCUUCAACCAGAGCCAUCAUAAUAGACGCGGUCCUCGCGCCGUUACGCGCGCUGGUAUCCAAGUCCGCUCUACGCCUAUACCUAAACGCAUUACUAUUCAUGGGCGCAACAACCCUCCUAAUUGGAAUCUCGGCAAUUGCAUAUGGGAUUUUCUACUUCAAUUUCAUCCCCACAGUCGGUCUCGAGCGUGAAGUCCACCUCCAAUUCGGCAAUGGAAACCCCUGGGGAACAGCAACCUUCGACUCAGAAUUUGUAGCCCUACAGCCCUACGACGUGACCGUAACGCUCGAGCUCCCGCGCACGCCUUCGAAUCUCGAUACGGGCAACUUCAUGUUGGAUCUUACACUUUACUCUUCCCGCCCUGCAUCCGCAGUCUUACCUGUUGCCGCGAAUGCGCCUAUAGCGCAUGCACGUCGGCCUGCGCUUUUGACUUACAUUUCACCGCUUGUGGAUGUUGCGCGGCGGACGGCGCGGUUGCCGUUUUAUGUUGUUGGCUGGAGGCGCGAGUCAGAAGUUUUGGAGGUGGGAAUGAUGGAAGAUCUUGAGUUUGCGAGGGGUGCGCAGAAUCUACCGCAGAGUUUGAGGCUUGAGAUUCAGAGUGAUUUGAAAAUGCAGGUAUAUCUGGCUAAGGUGGAGUUUCGGGCCAGGCUUGCGGGGUUGAGAUGGCUCAUGUACCGGUGGAAGAUUACUUCGUUCGUUGUUUUCACCUCGUUGUUCUGGUUUGUCUCGGUGGGCUCUGCUAGCCUGACAUGGCUGGCCUUGACAUGGGUUUUGCAACCUGCUACGACACCCAAGACUGAGAUUAAGGGGGAACCACAGGGUCUUGUCAAGGAUGAGUCUGAUGGUGAUAGUUCCUCGGGUGAGUCUUUCAGUGUCAAAAAGGAGGAGGAGCCGGAAAGUAGCUUGGUUCAUAGUUACCCGGCCGAGGGUGAUGAAGCUGGUAUGGGAUCUGGGCUUGAAAGUGCAGAAGCUCGUGGACUACAGAGACGGCGAAGUCAUUUGACUCUGCAAGCAGAUUGA